UCCUAAAGGAGGAGAAAGAAGAAGAAGCAGGAAGUGCGCGGCUGGGCCGUUGUUUCAGCCGUGUGCUGAGCAACAUCAUUGUCCCGGGCGUCCCACCAAACAGGCGCGGUCCAUGGCCGAACCGGUUACAUCGCGCUAUCUGGCAACACGCACACAGUCACGAGGUUCCCGACUAUGGCGAAGGGUCCUCGGCACCGUCGUGGGCCUCGUCAUCGGCUCCUGCCUGCUGGUGCUCAUAGGCAUGAUCGCCAGCAUGGAUGUCUUCAUGCCUAGCAACGGCGUCUACCGCAACGUCAGCCACACCAACAUGGGCGUCCUCGAGACCGUGAUCACGGUCGCGAUGAAGAACAUCGCCGAUCGCUACUGGCGUUCCGACAAACGCGCCGACGUCCCCGCUACCCACACCACCGACAGCAGGGACUCCUCCCUGUUGCUCAUCCAGAACCGGUCGCUGGCGUUCCACGAGGAACUGCGCGGACAGCUGUCCCUGGGCGCGCGCCCUCCCGACGUUGGCGACGGCACAGCUUAUGGCUCGACAGAGUUAGCUGUGCGGGCCGCUGAAGUGCCCGGCGUCAGACUGGCAGCGAGUAGGGGCUUCGGGAGACGCGAUCCUUCGUUAACAGUGGCGCGAAAUUUCCGGAGGAAACGUGGGACCCGAUUACAUCGGUAGAUCGCCGACUUGUGGAGAAUGGCGAGGUGCUGCAGAUGAUAGAGUAAAUGCGUCAGAAGAAACUGGAAAAGCGGAGGCUUUUUUUUUCGUUUCUCACGUGAGUGUCAAAACGUCGUGACGCAGAAGAUGGUCACACGAGAGCAGUACAUUGUGACGCUUCGGCACUCGCUCCAGUCGUCUGCAGUGCUGCUACACCGCGUCCCGCAACGACCAGCGGUAUUGUAGACGAGCAAGCGGGACUGCGCAAGUGCCAAAAUAUCCUGCUCCGACGUGACCAUUUUUCU